CUCAGUAGAAGGGGGUGUUGACAGGAGACCGAGGGGGAGGUGAAGGUGGACUAAAUUGGACUGGCCCGGUUCAAUUUGCACCGUAGAGCCCGAAGCAGUAAGAGGACAGCGUAGGCCAUAGAGGACCGAAGGGCGGGAGAAAAGGGGAUCAACGUGGACCAGAACAUCGGGGAACCCCUCUUUCGGAUUGGGAUACGGAGGGACACCGGGGCGGGGAGGAGGCCCGCAUGAUUCCUCACAAGCAGGCUGUAAUGAUGGUGGUGAUGCACCGGGAGCAGAGCGGAGGAUUCCUGCAGAGCCCGACACACUGCACCACAACCCCGCACCCGAGUGUGAGCUGCUGCAGGGUCAGGCGCUUCUGUUUCUCCCCAUCUGAGCCCCACCAACAAAAACACGGAUUUUCAGACACAAGCUUGACACACGCAACCGGGUAAAAACCUACCGUACAAGAUCAAUUUAUUCUUCAACAGUGUCUCUGGCGGAGAGAACCUUAAGAGGAACCUUUACCGUACCGAUUUGAAGUGCAUGCACCGGUUGUUUUGCGCCAAGACUACAAGGGGAAAAAUGUUGGUGCGAUGCUACAGAGGCAAGCUCUCGGUGUGGGCCGCCCUGUGCGUGCUGGUGCUCUGCUGGUUCUACAUUUUUCCCGUCUACAGACUCCCCCGCGAUAAGGACAUAGUGGAGGAGGUGCUGGGGCAGGGGGAGGCAUGGCAGAAGAACCAGACGGGCAUCGAUCUGUACAGGAAGUUGCUGACGGAGUGCUGCGAGCCACGGAAGAUGUUUGCAGUGACCAAGGAGAACUCGCCGAUGGGCAAGGUCCUGUGGUACGACGGAGAGUUCUACCACUCCCGCACUGUCAACAAUGAGACCUACCCCCUUUUUGUGCAGGAGAACCCUCUGCAGCUGCCCCUGAAGAAGUGCGCGGUGGUGGGCAAUGGCGGCAUUCUCAGGCACAGCAAAUGUGGACGAGACAUUGACCAGGCCGACUUCGUCCUGCGGUGCAACCUUCCGCCGCUUUCAAAGGAUUAUGUGGAGGAUGUGGGAACCAAAACGAACCUGGUCACUGCCAACCCCAGCAUCAUAGAGAAAAGAUUCCAGAACCUCCUGUGGUCCAGGAAAGCUUUCGUGGACAGUAUGAAGGUCUACGGAUCCAGCUACAUCUACAUGCCAGCGUUCUCCAUGAAGCCUGGCACCGACCCGUCACUGCGGGCCUACUACGCCCUGGCCGACAGCUCCUCCAACCUCACCAUGCUCUUUGCAAACCCAGAAUUCCUGCUCUCGGUUGGUAAAUUCUGGAAAGGCCGCGGGGUGCACGCCAAGCGCCUCUCCACGGGGCUCUUCCUGGUCAGCCUGGCUCUGGGGCUGUGUGAGGAGGUGACAGCCUACGGAUUCUGGCCAUUCUCUGUCGGCCUGGACGAGCAGCCAGUCAGCCACCACUACUACGACAACAUCCUGCCCUAUAAGUGGUUCCAUGCCAUGCCUGAGGAGUUUGUCCAGCUCUGGCAGUUGCACAAAAGUGGCACGUUGCGCAUGAGAGUGGGAUGCUGCCCCCCUAAGGAAGGUGGGAGUUAGAGCUUCCUGAUGAAGCGAUAGCGGUCAGUUCAGUGGGCUACUGGAAGCAGAUGAGGAUUGUGAGGCUGCAGGAAGUUGGCGAACAUAUUUCCUUAGAGGAACCUCGGCACUUCAUUUCUUUCCAUAUACACUCCUGCCGCCCCCCACCAGAGCUAAUCCCUAAUUAUCAUAAGAAUGUCCUCCACCCAAACCAGCGGCAUCUGGGACACAAUAAAACCAGACACAUGCAGCCAAACGCACACAUUCCCAAACUUGCCAUAUCUCCUCUCAUUUUUGAUAUUGUGCGUGUUCAUGGUAUGUCUCGGAAAGCCUUAGCUGGUAAAGUGUGUGGGGUUGGAUAGGUGGGGGAUGUUUUUAGUUGUUUUUUUUUGUAUGCUGACUACUGUAUCUGAAUGACAUGUGUGGCAGCUCGACCAAACACCCCCUCUGGAUCUUUUCAAAUAGACACAAGGAGCGGAGGACCAGGGGGGGGAUAAUAAAAGGCACUGAAAGACAGGCCAAAUGCGAACAAGGGAGAGAUAAUGGAAUCCUGGUACCUAGUAGCUUGAAUAGGACUGAAAUGUAAUGGAAGAGGGGGAAAAAGGACUGGCAGGGGGGAGAAAAAGAGUGAAAGCUGGCUGGUAUGUGCAUGAAAGGAUUUCUCUUUCUCUGCUUUAUUUCAACCAAGCGCUUCAUUGGCAUUUUCUGGUGCCAAAUAGAGCUUCAGUUCGGGAGCCAUUAGAAAUGGAGUCUUAAGUACUUUACACCCCAGAAUGUUUAGCCAAGUUGCAUUUGAACACUUCACUGGAAAGGGACAUUGAGUAAACCAUGUAUUGUUUUUGCCAAAUUGUGGUUGUUGGGAUUAAUGUGAAUUGUGUUUGUUUUUUUUUCCUGCCAUGAAGAGAAGAGAGAAAGCGUUAUGGACAUAUGUAAUCAGACAUGUUUGCAAACUAACCUCACAUAUCUCACAUGUACCUCACCUGGAAGCGGACAUCCUCACUAACUAUAUAGUACAAUUCACUCUCAAGAAGGCUCCUUGGUUUAAAAACAACCUGCUUCUUUUGGGGUUACCAAGUCAUCUCUUGGAAUCUGUACUAUAUCUGCCAAGGGAACAGUGCUCUCUUUCAGGCCCACUCUGACACUGUCCUUGUUCUCUCAGAUGGCGAGACACUGAUAUAAAGAGCGGUAGUGACAGAAGAACACUCUAUGACUCGAAGUGGCAUUUAAAAGGCUGACUUUCGUUCUCGCUGUUAUCAUUUUUGCAUCCGGGCGCAGUAAGAACUGAGCCUCUGUCCUGUGCAUCUUUUAUAAUUGUGAUUUUUAUUUUUUUGUGUACAAGGGAAAAACAACUCGCUCAUGUAGAAGCUAACUCUACUUACACAACUGUUUUUUUGUGCUUGUAGGCCUUGGAGGUGGAACACUUGAUUUGAAAUGUCUUUCUUUAAAAUGUUCUUUAAGAGUGAUAAAUGUGACUGUGCCAUGUUGUUGAUACAACACAGGAUGACUCUGCAUGGAAAGUGCAUGGAAGGUACUACAAUCCUUGAAAAUACUCCUCACGGUACGGGACAUGUCGAUAGUUUAGUGAUUUAUGCUGGUCUUUGACUCCUUGUCUGUUAAGCUGCAAAAGGUCCAGUGCCUUUUGAGAUAUAGUAACGCAAAAAGGAUCAUCUAAGUGAAAGAUAUUUCGACGCUGACCAGGCUCUUAAAUGUUUUGUUUUAUUUUGAACAAUCGUUGAUAUUAACUCUACAUCAAAUAACUUAAAAAGAAUUACAUACUGCUGGACCAAGUCAAAAAAGUUUUAAAAAGCUAAUAAUCUCGGGUCCAAAUGCAGCAUGUGGUUCUUCCAAACUUGAUCAACACUUUUAGCUAUUGUUGUGUUUCUUAUUUGCACCUUUUUGUUUCCUCUCUCCUGCCCAGUAUUGUGAAGGACUGACUCUGGACAGAGUGUGAUUUGUAAUUGGGCAUGAGGAUUUUUAAAUGUGUACAGGCUUUUUGUACACAUAUUUUUGUAUCUAUUCCCAUUACGCUCUGAGUUGAGCCCUUAUUCCAUCCACUGAGUUUUCUUACCAAAAGGGAGUUGAAUCUGUCAUGUGACUUGAAGGUCUAUGUUUAAAACGCUGAAGGGUCGUCAUUAAUUUGAUAGUUUCUCUUGUUGAUUUAGCAUGGAGGAGCAAUCUCACCAUGGAGGGCAGAAUAUCAGCUGUUUGUUUUACAUUCCAAAUGAAUGUUCCUUACCAAGAGGUUGCACAUGCCACUAUGUUCUUGACAGUUUCAUUGUUGUGUUUUAUCAGAUAUUGUUGCAUUGCAAAUUCAGGAAGUGUACAGAAAGUGAUUUUUUGGGGGGAGGAGGGGUGCACUUUUACGUGCUGAGGAAGGUUUGUACCACUGCUGUAUGUCAAACAUGAAGUUAGCAGCCAGUUAGCUUAGCUUAUUGAAGGAUUGAAAAAGGCUAGUUUUACUUGGAAAUUACAUUAAAACAUGACAACGUAUUUUUAAACAAAUGUUCAUGCAGGCUCCACAAGAAAAAACACAGAUUUUAUUUAUUAUUUCACGGCUGUUUUUUUACAGUGAAACCGCCAAGCUAAUAUCACAUUGGGAGCCAUGAUCAAUCCUUCCGAUAUAGGGAUUCAGUUUAAAACAAAUAAAGAUACAGUCAUAAAUACAUCUAACUGGCUGCUUGCUGUUGCUUCAUAUUACGCGUACAGAUGUAAAAAUCUUUGUCAAACUGUUUCUUUAAAGCUGCCAUGAGGUCUGUGAAAAUAAGGUUGAACUGGACAGACCGAGAAGGCACGGACACAAUGGCAGUAUUGUCCAUUUGUCUGUACACAUUUCUUAAACUGUGGUAUGUGUGGCCACAGGGAGAUCAAUUUGUUCGUGUCUGUUCAUGGAGAGGUCACAUGUUUGAUUCCAGCCGCAGCUACACUACCAGCUGAUCUCUGACGUGAUUACCACUAUGAGACUUGCCAUUGUGUUCGUGUCGAUUGAUCCGUUCCGUAGCCUUCCUUCACGUCAUGAUGAAAACGUCUUCUAGCGGCUGUUGGUGGUUUAACACAGCAGAGUCGUGAUGUGGAGAUUGUUAUUGUUCAAAGUUUUUAAAUCAUAUCUUCAACUGGGCUCAUGCUGUGUCACAAAUUAAGCUAAAGUGGGUCAAACAGUUGAUGCAAACACAUUUUUUGCAUUUAUUUUAAUCUGAUUAAAUGACUGAAUUUUAGGCAGAAGAAACAAGUUAAAGCCGAUAGCAUUUCCAAAUGAUUCUACUGACUUAAAUCAACCAGUGUGAAUAUUGAUACAGUAUUUUUUUGAAUUACACAAUCUCAGAUAAAUAAUUUAAACAAUGUUAGUUGUGGUUAUACCGUAAAUUUGGUUGAGGCAAGUACAAAUAAUAAUUUGUAAAGACGGUUUGACUCACUUUUAAUUAAUAUCAGUCAGGAGGGCUCAACUUUUCUUACAUAUUUAAAUAUUUGAUGUUUUGUCAAGCUUUGUUAUUUUAAACAACAGAUGUAAAUGUGCUUUCUCUGCUUUGACAGACUGAAUUUGAUACUUUGAAAAAAACUUCUUGAAGGCGUUGCUGGUACUGUUACCUCCCGUGCUCAUUCAUGUCUUCUGAUUUAAAGAACCCUUCCUGAGCAUGUUAAAAAUAAACCAGAAAUGCAGUUAAAAAUGGAAGUAACAGAUUGUAUGUGCCUCCUGGAUUAAACUGAAGGAUGAAUAAGUUAAAAAAAACAAAAAAACGAUAACAA